CAGCUAAACGCACAACACCCUUCUGAAGACUAAGGGUAAUUCAGUGCUACCUGAAAAAAAAUCAUCUUCAAAAAUGAAGGCAGUAAGCGUGGCUCUCGUUAUUGCCUGCGCGCUCUGGGAAGUCACGGGAUACCCAUUCCCUUAUUAUGGCGCUAAUGUGGAUUCUUAUUCAUAUGGUUCUGCAGACAGAAAUCGUGGAGGUAUGGUGCUAAGCCGCUACUACAACCCCUACUACAACCCUCGCGCCGUCGGUGGUAGUAUGGCAGCCUUCAUGUUCAAGCCUGAAGAGCAAUACACCCCACAGACGAGCCAAUACUACGUACCAGACAGACGCCGCCAGACCGUGCAAGAAAACUACACGCCACAACAGAACGAAGUGUACUAUCAGACUCCAGAACAAUCCUCCGUUCCUGAGCAGUCCUAUGUUCCAGAACAACAAUUUGUUCCCGCUGAACAACCCGCCGAACAACCCGCUGUUGUUACCGAAGCCACGGAAAUCGCAGACCCAACCGAAAAGAUCGAAUCUCCCACAACAGUGAAAGCCGUAGCCGUCCCUGAAAUAACCGAACCUGAAGUUGAAGAAGUGCCAGAGCCCGCCCCUGUGCCCAGGAAGCGUGUCACCAAGAAGAAGCAAGUGAAGAGACCCGUCGAUGAGGAGGAAGAUGAAGGCGAUGACUACCCCAGAAUCCCAAGCGGUGCCUACUUCCCCAUGUUCUUCGGCUACGGAGGCAGAGCUGCCCAAGGGGCUCCCCAAGGAGCGACGGCUAUCGCUAAUGCCUUCAGCACUGGCCGUGGUGGUGUUGCUACCAGCCACGCCACGGCGUACGGCCCACCCAGACCCGAAAAUAAAUACUAAGUCAAUAUAAAUCUACGUAAGAUGAAAUAGAGCCUUUGAAAGCAAAGCUUCGAUGUAUAACAGUGACAUCUAGUGGAAAUGGUAUACAAUAUUUGCAAUAUCUGCAGAAUUGCAAAAAUGGUUUGAGUCUGAGUAUAGAAUUACGUCGAUCAAAUACAGAUGGCGCGCAAAACAAAAAGCUUGUCAAAGGUACAUAUAUAAUAUAAUAUAAUAUAUUUUAUAUUAAACCAGAAACAUUUUAAUUUGUUAUAUAAUUAAAAUAAGCCGUUAUAGAUCAACUUGUAACGUAAAAAUUGCCAGAAAUAUAGUUAAGUUUUUGUAAAACUUUAAGUGUGAAACGUUGAAUAAAUUGCCAUUAAAUCUGUA